AGGGCAGCUGAGGCGGAAAAUGAGCUGAACGGCCUGAAGCAGCAGUGGAAGGCUUUGAAAGAAAUGCUCAGCACUUGUCAGGAACUUGCUGUUACUUCGGACGCAAAAUUACUGGCUGAGGAGCAGUUACGGAAACGUACGCAAAGUGACGAGGCAGAGAUUGCCGAGCAGCGCAGAAUUAUUGCAAUAUUGCGUUCUGAACUUAAGACAGCGCGUGAGGAAAUGGAUGAAGCGAUUAUGAAGUACGAGCAGCAGCUGGACGAAAAUCGCGUGGAAUUGGAAGGAAAAAUCGAAAGCAAAGAUUUUGAAAUUGCCGAACUUGUUGCUCUCAUCGCAGAAAUGAAGCAGCGACUCGACGCUCUGCAAAUUUCCCUCACCGAUACUCGCGUUGUUGCUCUUCAGGUGCGAAAUAUCCGCGGCGAACUGGAAAAUGCGAGUAGCGAAAUCCGUGAUUUACAUUUUCUGUUGGCAGUUGUCCAAAAUCGGUGCCUCGCUCUUAAACAUGAAAAUGUGCAUCAGAAAGAACGGAUCGAAAGUCUCGAAAAGAUUAUUGCUGUGAGUAAUGCUCGAUCGAAUGCUUUAAUGGCAUCGCUGGAAGAGCAGAACAAAAAGCAUACGGAAACAAUGACAGCGAAGCAGGCGGAUUUGCAAGAAAAACAGCUGAUGCUUUAUGAUGCCUGGGAUCGACUCCGUAUGAGUACUGAUGCGAACACUUGCCUGCAGGAAGAAAUGCGUCAACGUGAUGGUUUGUAA